AUGACCGUCUAUUGGCUUCUGGUCUUGACUGUAUGGCCAAAAAUACUGGAAACACAGAGUUUCGCAGAGGAGACUACUCCGAUUCGUUUAAAUGAAGCUGAAGUGAAAAGUUUAAUAGAAAAAGGCAAGUCGGCUGAAGGCUUGCUGCUUGUUUUGCAAAAUGCCCCAAUAAAUUCCAAGGACCAGGCGCUAAAAGAUCUGGCGUUUCGACUGAUCAUGCGUUUGUUGGCCCAGAUCAAAUCCGCUAACAUUGACGAAUUCGUGGCCAGUUUGGACGGAGAAAAAGUUGAUCUGCUGAUGAAGUACAUUUAUCGUGGAUUUGAAAAUGCUCAAGAUGGGAAUAGCGCCAUGCUUUUAACGUGGCACGAAAAGGUUCACGCUCGUGGCAAAGCCGGUUCAAUAAUUCGAGUGAUGACCGAUAGACGACGAGUUUAA